CUCUCUCUCUCUGCGCUAUAAAUUUUUCCAGACUCGCUCUCUGCGCUCGGUCAUCGUCUCUGAGACUAACCUUCUGUUUCUCUCGCUUACUCGCUCUGUAGCUUGUUCUAGCGCUAGGGCAUCGGAGGGAGGAUGGCGAGGCGUUAUGACGACGACGAAGAAGAGGAAGAGCUGGAGGAGGAGGAAGAAGAAGUAGCGGAGGAGGAUGAUGAGGACUAUGAGGAGCUGGAUGAGGAAGGCGACGGAAAGAGGAAAAGGAAGUACAGGAGAUCUGAAUUCAUCGACGAUGUUGCCGAGGAGGACGAUGAUGAGGAAGAGGAGGAGGACGAACGGCCGCGCAAGCGGAAGAGCCGCCCGGCGUCGCAGUUCUUCGACGAUAUCGCAGCCGUUGCCAGUGACGACGAUGAGGAGGAGGAAGAAGGGGAGGAAGAUUUUAUCAAUGAUGUGGGAACUGAUUUGCCUGAAGAAGAAGGAAGAGCAAUGCACCGUCGCCCUUUUCUACCAAGGGAGGAUGAACAAGAUGUUGAAGAUCUUGAAAGAUUAAUUCAGGAAAAAUAUGGUCGUUCUGCUCAGUCUGAAUAUGAUGAAGAAACAACAGAUGUCGAGCAGCAGGCUCUCUUACCGUCAGUCAAGGAUCCAAAACUGUGGAUGGUUAAAUGCGCUAUUGGUCAUGAACGGGAGGUAGCUGUUUGCCUUAUGCAAAAGUAUCUUGAUUUACAGUCUCAAGGAAAUGACUUGCAGAUAAGAUCAGUGAUUGCCUUAGAUCAUCUUAAAAAUUACAUCUAUGUAGAAGCUGAUAGAGAAGCACAUGUCAAGGAAGCGAUCAAAGGGCUUCGUAACAUAUUUUCCAGUUCCAAAGUGAUGCUUGUUCCAAUAAAAGAAAUGACCGAUGUACUUUCUGUUGAAAGUAAAUCUGUUGAGCUGUCAAAGGACAAAUGGGUCCGUGUUAAACUUGGAACUUACAAAGGGGACCUAGCAAAGGUUGUUGAUGUGGACAAUGUACGCCAGAGAGUUACCAUUAAGCUUUUACCUAGGAUUGAUUUACAGGCUUUGGCCAACAAAUUGGAAGGCAAAGAAGUUGGGAAGAAAAAGACGUUUGUUCCACCUCCACGUCGCAUCAAUAUGCGUGAAAUUAGGGAGAUGAACUUUCCUGUUGAGCGCAAAUGGGAUCCAGUUACUGGCUUGCAUUUCGAGACAGUUGACAAUAAUAUGAUUAAAGAUGGUUAUCUUUACAAAGUUGUAUCAGUUAAGUCAAUUACUUCUCAGAUCAGCCAGCCUACUUUGGAUGAGCUGGAGAAAUUUGGAAAGUCUGGAGAUGAUGCAAGUGGUGACAUGGCUAGCUUGUCUAGCUUAUUCGCAAACAGGAAAAAAGGUCAUUUUGUGAAAGGUGAUGCAGUUGUUGUUGUUCAAGGAGAUUUAAUAAAUUUGAAGGGACGGGUUGAGAAAGUAGAGGAAGAUAAUGUCCACAUAAGAGCAAAUAUAGCUGGAUUGCCAGAAACAUUAUGCCUCAAGGAGAGAGAGCUCUGUAAGUAUUUUGAGCCUGGUGAUCAUGUAAAAGUGGUGACAGGUGCUCAUGAAGGGGCUACUGGUAUGGUGAUCAAAACUGAAGGACAUAAUAUUAUUAUCAUAUCAGACACAACAAAGGAGGAUAUAAAAGUGUUUUCAGACCAUGUUGUUGCAAGCUCAGAAGUGACUUCAGGCCUCACUAAACUUGGAAAUUAUGAGCUCCAUGAUCUUGUUCUACUAGAUGACAAAAACUUUGGUGUGAUUAUACGUGUGGAAAGUGAAGCAUUCCAUGUUCUCAAAGGGAUACCGGACCGGGCUGAGGUAGUUCUUAUUCGAUUGAGGGAAAUAAAAGAUAAAAUUGAAAAGCGGAUGAAUGCUCAGGAUAAGGCAAUGAACACAGUUUCUCCAAAAGAUGUUGUUAGGAUCUGUGAUGGUCCAUGUCGUGGGAAGCAAGGUCCGGUUGAGCAUAUAUAUAAAGGAGUCCUUUUUAUACAUGACCGACAUCAUCUUGAAAAUGCUGGUUAUAUUUGUGUUAAGUCCCAGUCGUGUGUUCUAGUUGGCGGAUCACGUGGAGGCAUUGACAUGAAUGGGAAAAAUCAUGUGGUGAGCAGAUUUAAUAGUCUGAGAGCUUCUCCCAAUGUCCUGCAGUCUCCAAGGAGGCCACCAAGAGGACCUUCUGCAGAUUUUGGUGGUGGAAGAAACCGAGGUGGGAGAGGGAGACCUGACUCCCUAAUAGGCACCACUGUCAAGAUCCACAAAGGUCCCUAUAAAGGAUACCGUGGACGUGUUAAAGAUGUUCAUGGAACUUCCGUGCGGGUUGAACUGGACUCUAUAAUGAAAGUUGUUUCAGUUGACCGUGAUCAGAUUUCUGAUACCGCGGCUGUUGCAACACCAUACCGUGAUUCACAUCGUUAUGGAUUGGGAAGUGAGACACCUAUGCAUCCUUCACGGACACCAAUGCAUCCAACUAUGACACCCAUGCGGGACCCCGGAGCAACACCCAUACAUGAUGGCAUGCGGACACCGAUGCGCGACCGUGCUUGGAAUCCUUAUGCACCAAUGAGUCCUGCAAGGGACAACUGGGAAGAUGGAAAUCCAGGAUCUUGGGGAAGUGCUGCUAGCCCUCGCUAUCAGCCAGGAACUCCUGCACGACCUUACGAAGCACCGACUCCUGGUUCAGGUUGGGCGCCUACUCCAGCUGCUAAUUUUGCUGAAGCUGGGACGCCAAGAGAAAGCACCUCUGCUUAUGCAAAUGCACCAAGCCCGUACUUGCCAUCCACUCCUGGUGGGCAGCCGAUGACUCCCAGUUCUGCAGCAUAUCUUCCAGGCACUCCUGGUGGACAGCCAAUGACACCUGGAAACGUUGGAUUGGAUAUGAUGUCUCCUGCAAUAGGUGGAGAAGGAGAAGGACAGUGGUUUUUGCCUGACAUAUUAGUAAAUGUUCGGAAAUCUGGGGAUGAUCCUCAAAUUGGAGUUGUGAGGGAGGUGCUCAUGGACGGAUCUUGCAAAGUUUCUUUAGGGGCAUCUGGUAACAGAGAGAUGGUGACUGCUCAUCCAACAGAUCUAGAGAUUAUUGUGCCAAAGAAGAAUGACAGAAUAAAGAUAAUGAGUGGUUCACAGCGUGGAGUCACUGGAAAGCUUAUUGGUAUUGAUGGAACUGAUGGAAUCGUGAAAGUGGAUGACACGCUUGACAUCAAGAUUUUGGAUAUGGUUAUUCUUGCCAAGUUGGCGCCACAGUAAUAAGCAGUAUACUAAUGUUCAUUAGCCUCUCUCUCUCUCGCCCGUGUAUAUAUAAAGGGACACCCUAACGGAGUUAUUGCAAGGUUGCGUUCUGUUAUGGAGGAACAAAUUUUAGGGGCACAGAAGGCACCCGAAGAUGAUAGGGUGGGCGAGGCUGGAGGAUGUGAUGCUUUGUUUUUUUUUUUUUUUUCAGAAUUAUUGUAUUUUAGUAGUUGUAUGCUAAUUUGUUGAGCAAUUCACCUCGACGGUGGUUUUGUGUACUUAACUGCGCAAAAUGAGAGUUUCUUUUGCUUACAAUGGACGUAGCAUCUGUUUUUUGGUGUUUCCCGUCAUCGUCACGAGGUUAGCCUCAACAGUCCUGCCGGCUUGUAUACGCCUAAUAGGGGUGGCACUUGGCCUUCUGGGAGCCGUUCUGUAUAAAUUGUUUCAGUUAAUAUCCAAAUUUUCCGGUCUGAAGGGUGCUUCUUGGGCCUCUCUUUCCGGUGCUUGCAUCCCCA